AUGGCGCCGACGCGCCCGCUGAUGCGCGGGAUCCGCCCGCCGCGCGUCUUCGCCGCCUCCCGGAACGGCCGCGCAUCGCCGUACGCGCUCGCGCUCGCCGCGCUGCUCGUCGCCUCCGCCUUCCUCCUCGCGCUCAUCGCCUUCGGCGUCUUCUCGCUCCCCGUCUCCGCGCCCACCAACCUCGCCACCACCGGCGACACAGAGACCACCGGCUCCGGCGCCGGCAACGGCGAGGCCGCCGAAGGUUCAUCCUCCCGCCGCGCCCGCGGACGCCGCGACCUCAGCGAGGGGCUGGGCGAGCGGGGCGCGCAGUGGACGGAGGUGGUCUCCUGGGAGCCCAGGGCCUUCGUCUACCACAACUUCCUGUCCAAGGAAGAGUGCGAGUACUUGAUUGGAUUGGCCAAGCCCCGCAUGGUGAAAUCAACGGUGGUUGAUAGCACCACGGGAAAAAGCAAGGACAGCAGGGUUCGCACAAGUUCAGGCAUGUUUCUUCAAAGAGGGCGAGACAAGGUUAUCCGAGCCAUUGAAAGGAGGAUAGCUGAUUACACCUUCAUACCUGCAGAAAAUGGAGAGGGACUCCAAGUCCUGCACUAUGAAGUUGGGCAGAAGUACGAACCUCAUUUUGACUACUUCCUUGAUGAGUUCAACACCAAGAAUGGUGGUCAAAGGAUGGCCACUAUUCUCAUGUAUCUAUCUGAUGUUGAAGAAGGGGGUGAGACUAUUUUCCCUGAUGCAAAUGUGAACAGCAGUUCACUAGCAUGGCACAAUGAACUUUCAGAGUGUGCCAAAAGAGGUCUUGCUGUGAAACCGAAGAUGGGAGAUGCGCUGCUUUUCUGGAGCAUGAGACCAGAUGCCACUCUAGACCCAUUAAGUUUGCACGGGGGCUGUCCUGUUAUUAAAGGGAAUAAGUGGUCAUCAACCAAGUGGCUACAUGUUAACGAGUACAAAGCUUAAGCCUUGUGGAGUCACUCCAAAGAUGACACGAUUUGACCAUGCAUCUGGCUUGGGCGCUUUCCAGGACGGCACCUCCGUGCCUGCAUAUCAAAACGGUUUAUGGAUCCAUCCACCCCAUCUUGUUGACACUGAUUGUCGAGGAUAUAACAUAGGCAGUGAGCAGGCGUCUUCUUCCUGGAGCUGGCUUGGCAUUCUUAUUUCUCGUACCCCUAGCUCUUAUUUAUAGAGGAAAAAGUGGUGAUGUACUGGUGUAUGUAGUGUUGGGGUGCGCAUUACUGCAUCUGGGGUCCAUUUUUGUGUUUUAUUCCUGCCCUGUCUGUAGUAUUAGAAACCAUACCGAAUCACUGAUGUAAUACUGUUGUGGUUGUUAUUACUGUAAUAUGGAGGUUAUAGAGUCGCCAGACAAAUCUAUAUAUACAUGUAGUGUGUAUUCUCUAUACGGAACAUUGAAAUGUGA